AUGAAUCCAUUAACAAACACCAAGAAUCAAAAUUUAAUGAACGAGCGAGAACUACUUCUGGGAUACACCGGAACAUUAAGUUCUUGGCAUCGCCAGUACAAGGAUUCUGCUUGGAUUUUCAUUGGUGGUCUCAACUAUGAUCUAACUGAAGGUGAUGUUAUCUGCGUCUUCUCUCAGUACGGUGAAGUUGUGAACAUAAAUCUGGUCCGUGACAAGAAAACUGGUGUGUCCAAGGGAUUUGCUUUCUUGUGCUACGAGGAUCAACGCAGUACGGUGCUUGCCACAGACAACCUGAACGGCAUCCGAGUGGCCGGGCGUGUGAUUCGCGUAGAUCACGUGGAAAGCUACAAAGUCCCAAAGGAUGGUACCGCGGAUGUGGGCACAGCGAAUGCGACGAAACCCAAACGUGCCCAAAUAACACACGACUCGGAUGUGGUGACUUCGUUCGUGAAAGAGCAUGGUUGUGGGCCUGAAGUGAUGAAACGUAUAGCGGAAAUUGAACGCGAGCAGAAGGCAGCGGAUGAAGAGAGAAUACGUCGGGCUGAAGCGCGAAAGAAUGACCCUCACUCCCACCAACGCGCACACCGUUCCAGAUCCCCGAGCGAUCGAUCUCACCCUCGCAGAACACAUGCGCAUUCUCGCAGUCGUGAACAGCGGAGUUCUUGGGAAAACUUAAGAAAUCGUAGUCCCCCAUCUCCCUCACACAGAAAAUCUACUCCUUCUCCUGGGAUAAAACAAGAACCCCCUUCUCCUGAUAAACGCCACCGCUCUCCACAUUGUCAUGCUGCUUCAGAUGUGACACAUUCUAAGCAUGGUAAAAGACGCUAA